AAUGUCUCGCGGCCAGUCGACUACACGGCUAACGCGUUCUGCAUCAAAGGCUUUGGAGAACUAUGUAUCGCCAGCGAAGAGAACUAAAAUGGGAGAUGAUGUGACCCCCCCCCCCCCCCCACGGACGCCGUGCUCGAAUGUGAUUGUUCUUGACGGUGAAUCUGGAGUUGACCAUUACGAGAAAGGUGUGGGAAAAAACACCAAUUUUCCAGCACAACAAUUGUCGACGAAGGGUACCACCAGGUUUAAGCUCCCUCAAACCGUAAGCUACAGUGAGGAAGAUGUGAAGCUUGCUCACUAUAUCUUUGCUGAAGAUCUUCCACCUGACGAACCCUUGGUCCAAACUAUGAUGGAAGUUUAUAGCCGGAAGACAUUGUGGAGCUUAUGCCCUGAC